AUGCCCCCUGUUUCUUUGACGAACGACGCACCCAAGAAGAAGCUGCGUGUAGCCCUCAUUGGGCAGAGUAAAUUUGCAGCAGAGGUAUUCAAAUUACUGCAAAGUGAUGGUCAUGAGAUUGUGGGUGUAUUUACUGUAUUGGACAAAGGCAACAGAGAAGAUCCUUUGGCAACAAUUGCUGCACAGAAUGGUAAACCAGUGUAUAAAUACAAAACAUGGCGGGUGAAAGGUCAAGUAAUACCGGAAGUAUUGGAGCAGUACAAAUCUGUAAAUGCAGACAUCAACGUUCUUCCAUUUUGCACACAAUUCAUUCCCAUGGAGGUUAUCACAUGCCCAAAGUACGAGAGCAUCUGCUACCACCCCAGCAUACUACCAAGGCACAGAGGAGCUUCAUCUAUAAACUGGACAUUGAUUGAAGGCGACACAACAUGCGGACUAUCGAUCUUCUGGGCUGAUGAUGGACUGGACACAGGCCCCAUUCUGCUCCAGAAGAGCUUCCCAGCCACCAUUGAUGAUACAGUCGACACCAUUUAUAAUAAAUAUUUGUACCCAGAAGGUAUUAAAGCAUUGGCCGAAGCAGUAAAUAUGGUUGCAAACGGCACUGCACCCAAAAUGCAGCAAACUGAAGAAGGAGCUACAUAUGACCCUGCACUGUUUAAGCCCGAAACGCAUCAGAUCGACUGGACCAAAGGAGGUUUCGCGCUACACAACUUUAUCCGCGGUCUCGACUCUUCCCCGGGCGCCACAACCUUCAUCAGAGCUCAAACUAAAGACGGCCUCGUACCCGACAGUGAUGAGAAAAUUGAAGUGAAGUUGUUCGGCUCGUCGCUGUGGCAGGCCGAGUACGAAACGAAAGGGGACGUACUGGUUAUAGAUGGGUUGAAGAAGUCUGCGGUUAUACAUGAUGCUGGGUUGUUAAUUACGGCCAAUGAUGGCGUAAAGUUAAACAUCCAACGUCUAAAAGUCAACGGCAAAAUGAUCAACGCCCAGAACUUUUUUAAAUCGAAUGAAGCCAAAGUGUCCCUAGAACUAACACCAGAAGAAAAAGCCUUCGUAGAAGGCGCGCGGAACAUAUGGAAAGCGAUCCUACGUAUAGACAUCGAAGAUGACACAGACUUUUUUGAAUCAGGAGCCGGGUCUAUGGACGUCGUGAGACUUGUGGAAGAAAUCAAGGACUUUGCUAACAUUGAAUUGCAAAAUGAAGAUAUAUACAUGAAUACUAAUUUCGAAGAAUUCUAUAACGUAGCUGUUCUGAAGGCCAGAGGCGGUUCGGCUUCUCAAGAAGUUGUAUACGAAGGUGUCGAAAUGGAUGUUAACAAAAUGAAAAUAAAGUUCCCCACACAAUUGUUUAUAAAUGGCGAAUUUGUCAAUGCUGAUAAUGGGAAGACAAUAACGAUAGUUAACCCUACUGAUGAGAGUGUCAUUUGUAAAGUGCAGAGUGCGUCGGUGAAUGACGUGGACAAGGCUGUUAGGGCUGCGAAGAAGGCCUUCGAUGAGGGUGAAUGGUCUAAAAUCAGUGCUAGGGAAAGAGGACAGCUGUUAUUCAAAUUAGCUGAUCUAAUGGAACAACACAAAGAAGAGUUAGCCACGAUCGAAUCUAUCGACUCCGGCGCAGUGUACACACUCGCUCUUAAAACACACGUCGGAAUGUCUAUCGACACGUGGCGGUACUUCGCCGGGUGGUGUGACAAAAUCCAAGGUUCCACCAUCCCCAUCAACCACGCUAGACCGAACAGGAACUUGGCGAUAACAAGGAAGGAACCUAUUGGGGUCUGCGGAAUCAUCACACCAUGGAACUAUCCCCUGAUGAUGUUGUCGUGGAAAAUGGCCGCGUGUUUAGCUGCCGGCAAUACUGUUGUUAUGAAGCCUGCUGCUGUGUGUCCCCUGACCGCGCUGAAGUUCGCGGAGCUGUCUGUGCGCGCGGGCAUCCCGCCCGGCGUCAUCAACAUCCUGCCCGGCAGCGGCGCCGUCACCGGACAGGCGCUGGCGGACCAUCCCCUCGUUAGGAAACUGGGAUUCACUGGCAGCACUGAAAUAGGUCAAACAAUAAUGAAAUCAUGUGCCGCCUCAAAUAUGAAGAAAGUGUCGUUGGAGCUGGGUGGCAAGUCACCGCUUGUUAUAUUUGAAGACUGUGAUCUCGACAAGGCUGUUAGAAAUGGUAUGGGUUCAGUAUUCUUCAACAAAGGUGAGAACUGCAUCGCAGCGGGUCGCUUGUUCGUGGAAGAGACGAUACACGACGAGUUCGUGCGACGCGUCGUCGCCGAGACCAAGAAGAUGCGCAUCGGCGACCCUCUCCACAGAGCCACCGCGCACGGCCCGCAGAACCACAAGGCGCACAUGGACAAGCUUAUCGAGUUCAGUGCCCGUGGUGUGAAGGAAGGCGCGACGCUAGUGCUGGGCGGCAAGCGCGUCGACCGCAAAGGGUUCUUCUUCGAGCCCACCAUUUUCACUGACGUCACAGACGACAUGUGGAUUGCUAAAGAAGAGUCAUUCGGCCCUAUCAUGAUUAUCAGCAAGUUUAGUAGCAAGAACAUGGACGAGGUGAUCCGUCGCGCCAACAACACGGAGUACGGGCUGGCGAGCGGCGUGUUCACGCGCGACGUGUCCCGCGCGCUCUCGUUCGCCGAGCGCGUGGAGGCGGGCACCGUGUUCGUCAACACCUACAACAAGACCGACGUCGCCGCGCCCUUCGGCGGCUUCAAGCAGUCCGGCUUCGGGAAGGAUCUCGGUCAAGAAGCACUAAACGAAUAUUUGAAGACCAAAAACAUAACAAUUGAAUAUUAA